AUGUCUCAACGCGAACAAAACAACCGAAGUAACAACAACAAUUCGGCAUAUGGCAGCGCAAAUCAAAGACCACGAGAGUCGCGAGGAGGGGAUCAUCGUAAUGACAUUGAAUCAUCAAGCGUUCAUACCGAUUUCCGCGUGAUGCGUUGUUUUUGCGGUUGUACGGCAUUAACAUAUGAACAAAUUGAACAUUUUGCAAUGAUGAAUGUGUCCACAUUAAUUCAACAUUCGACGGGCAAAACGUUAUUCCAAAAUUUUCUACGCAUCGGUCAUCGUCAUGAUAAAUCUGAAGCCAUGAUCCAUUUAGAAUGUUACGAGAUGUGCGAUAAAUUUCUACGAAAUUCUCAACUGUAUGAAGAUCAAGAUUUGAUCGAUCAUCUAUUAAGCCUUUGUCCAACGUAUACAUGGGAACAAAGAAUUACCGAUACGUUAGAAAAUAAUAGUGGUGAUCAUCGAUAUCAUAGAAUUCGACACGUUCUUAAUGAUUUAAAGCGCGAAUGUGUUCAUAGUAUUGAAUGCCACAACGAUUACGAUAGAUUCAGAAGAGAGCUUCUACGUAAAAUUGGAAGGACUUAA